AUGAGCUGGACCUGCCCGCGUUGUCAGCAACCAGUUUUCUUUGCAGAGAAAGUGAGCUCCCUGGGCAAGAACUGGCACCCAUUCUGCCUGAAAUGUGAGCACUGCCACAGCGUCCUGUCCCCAGGAGGGCAUGCAGAGCACAACGGAAGGCCGUAUUGCCACAAACCAUGCUAUGGGGCUCUCUUUGGACCCAGAGGGGUGAACAUUGGUGGUGUGGGCUCCUAUCUCUACAAACCUCCCACUCCCACACCUGCCAGCAUCACUCGCCUUAGCCCCAGCAGCUUCAGCCCCCCCAGGCCCAGGACUGGCCUCCCUCAGGGCAAGAAAAGCCCUCCCCACAUGAAGACAUUCACUGGGGAGACCUCGUUGUGCCCGGGCUGUGAGGAACCCGUCUAUUUUGCUGAGACAGUGAUGUCUUUGGGCAGAAAUUGGCACCGACCCUGUCUGAGGUGCCAGCGGUGCCGGAAGACCCUGACUGCUGGGAGUCACGCUGAGCAUGACGGCGCCCCCUACUGCCACAUUCCCUGCUAUGGCUACCUGUUUGGCCCCAAAGGUGUGAACAUUGGUGAUGUGGGCUGCUACAUCUAUGACCCCGUGGAGAUAAAAUCUAAAUGA